GGGCAGGACACAGCAGCACAAGAUGAGCUCCCUGCAUCAGACACACAGAGCAGUACUGACAGUAGGACACAGCAGACGCGUACCAUGUGACUCCUCCAGUCAUGUGACCUGGCUGCCUGCGUCACGCUGACAUCACGGGUCCUUUCUCUGCAUGUGAGCUAGACACUAGCACCGCCGCGCUCAGUAGUCUGCUGCUGCCUGCUGUCACUCAGCUGCUGCUGCGCCGUGCCUGCCUGCCUGUCACUCGCCGAGACCAGCGCCGCGCACACAGCCGGCAGCCCGGAGCCGCAGCCAGGCAGCAGCCAUUACUCCCGGGAGCGAGGCAGAUGUUCCCGGCGGGACGGGCAGGGAUGGAAGCUCGGGGCUAACGGGGAAAUAGCAGAGACCGGGGGAAAAGUUUUCCAACUCCGCAGAAGCCACCUCCCCGGGAGCGUAGUAGGGGCAGCAGGGUGCUGCGUGCGGGGAGCCGCUGCCGGAGCACCGGGCUGUCAGAGGGUGUGACUGCUGGACACGUUGCUGGAGCUGUCAUCUCCUGGGGAGCAUUACCGGGGUCAGUGACCGGCGGGACUGCGCUGACUGCCUGCCUGAGGGGGAAACAUCCUCCGCUCUCCCCAGCCCCCGGGUCACUGUGCCCAGAACUCCUGUCGGAGGUAGGGAGCCGUCCCCAGCCGCCUGUCAUGUCCUAGGGAAGGUAUGGAAACUAAAGGAUAUCACAGCUUUCAGGAAGGAGAUAUGGAGAGGCGAUGGAGUCAGGUGCCACAGUCCAUAGAAUUUUCAACUUCCAGGCCACAGACUUCUGAUACGUCUUACAUGGAAAUUGUAGGUGCAAGCUGUGUACCCGGGGAUUUUUCACAAAAUGUAACAGAAGCCGAGGGUAAAGAGAAACAAGAUCUUCACCCUUGUCUACAGCAGGACAGUAAUCAGUCUGGUGUUUUAACACAGGAACUUAAGCCUGAAUUGGAGUCAAAAGAACUCUCUGCAACUGUAGCGGAGUCCAUGGGAUUGUAUAUGGACUCUGUGCGGGAUGCUGAUUUUGCAUAUGAACAGCAUAACCAGCCAGGAGUGAUUCGUUCUGCAAAUAUUUAUCCAAACGUAGAGCACCUUGUUAAGUUUUACAAGCAGAACGCUUGUGGCACUUUCACAUUAGACUGCCAAAAUCAAACUGUAAAUUCUGGACUGAAAUCUGACAAUCCCAUGAAUGGUAAAUUAAACAGUAAUACUUUAAGGAGCCCCUCAUCAUGCAAUGAGAGAAGCUCGACAACAAGUAGCCCUUCCACUAUGGCACUUCCUGUUUGCAGUCCUCCUGGAAUGGACUCUGUUUCCUCAACUACUUGUUCCUCCAGCUUUGGAAAUUUAACAGUACAUAGUCCAGUUAACCAAGGCACAUCUAUUUCGUGCUCACCAAAUAUGGAUAAUAGGUGUCCUAUUUCACAGAGUCCUGCACAUGCAAGCAAUGUGGAGUCACCCUUGUCUAGCCCAUUAAGUAGUUUAAGAUCACCUAUUUCAAGCCCACCAAGUCACUGCAGUUUAAAAUCCCCGGUAUCAAGUCCUUUAAAUUUUGCAGCGAGGCCUAGUGUGUCUAGUCCUGGGAAUAUAAACACAAGAUGCUCUCUCUCCAGUCCUUCCAAUGCCAAUAACAGGUCCACUAUUUCUAGUCCUGCUGCAAGUUCCAUGGGGUCUUCUAUCUGUAGUCCUGCAAACAACACUUUGGGUUUUCCUUCUGCGAUCCUGCCUACCGAAUGUAGAACUGAUGCCAAUAUUGGUACAGAAACGAAAGACAAAGGUGCUCAGCCUCUCUUAUUUCCCAAAAUGGAAACAAUGGAGAGUGAAAUUUCUGAGAGUAGUACAAAUAGCUUAGUAAAGUUUAUUAAGCCAGACCCAGAUGGGACUUUUAUUGACUCCUGUUUUGGAGAUUGCGGUAAGGUUGGUUCUGAUACAACUUUUCCAGUCUCUGUAAAGCAAGAGCCAGGUAAAAGCACUUGUUCUAAUUCUUUCUUUAAAGGCACCCAAUCGGGGAACCCUUUUCCUUUUAUGGAUGGCUCAUAUUUUACCUUCAUGGAUGAUAAAGAUUAUUAUUCCCUGUCUGGAAUUCUUGGACCACCUGUUUCGUCAUUUGUUAGCAGUUGUGAAGGUAAUGGAUUUUCUAAUCAAGGCAUCUCCAUGGGAAUUAAACAGGAGGCUGAUGACAGCAGUUUCUACCCCGAGAGUACUAUGCCUUCCUCCGCUAUUGUAGGUGUUAACUCAACUGGACAGUCAUUUCAUUAUAGGAUUGGAGCGCAAGGCACUAUCUCACUGUCACGCCCUGUCAAUAGAGAGCAGCCUUUCCAACAUUUGAGCUCGUUCCCUCAAGUAAGCUCACUGGUCGACAGUUGGAAAACACAUUCUGAAUUGUCUCAGAGCACAUUGUCAUCCAGGAGAAAUGAUGGUUUUCCAGGCCCAGGAUACAUUCCAGAAAACGUGUCAAGCUCCGCACUACGGACCAUGUCAACUGGGUCCUCAAGACCUUCCAAAGUUUGUCUGGUUUGUGGAGACGAGGCAUCUGGGUGCCAUUAUGGAGUUGUCACCUGUGGAAGUUGCAAAGUCUUCUUCAAAAGAGCAGUGGAAGGUAAAUGUUCAAGGCAGCACAGCUAUCUGUGUGCGGGAAGGAACGACUGCAUUAUUGACAAGAUUCGAAGGAAGAAUUGUCCUGCAUGCAGAUUACAGAAGUGUCUCCAGGCUGGGAUGAAUCUAGGAGCUCGAAAGUCUAAAAAGUUAGGAAAGUUAAAAGGAGUUCAUGAAGAACAGCAGCCGCCACCACAUCAACAGCCCCCAACACAGAGUCUAAAGGAAGAAAAUACAUACAAAUCCGCAUCAAAAGAGACUUCUGUAUCCACAAACACAACUAUCGUUCCAAUCAUAUCCGCUGUGUCUCCUGAACUUUCCCUGUCAGCAACUGUGAUACUUGAAAACAUUGAACCUGAAGUAGUGUACGCGGGGUAUGACACCGCACAGCCAGAUACAGCGGAACACCUCUUGUCCAGCCUCAACCGUUUGGCCGGAAAACAGAUGAUACAAGUGGUGAAAUGGGCAAAAGUGAUUCCAGGAUUUAGGAACUUGCCUCUUGAGGACCAAAUUACUUUAAUUCAGUACUCCUGGAUGUGCCUGUCAUCAUUUGCUUUGAGCUGGAGAUCCUAUAAGCAUGCAAACAGCCAAUACCUGUAUUUUGCUCCAGACCUGGUAUUUAAUGAAGAAAGGAUGCGUCAGUCUGCCAUGUACGAGCUGUGCCAAAGUAUGCAGCAUAUAAGUCUGGAGUUUAACCGUUUGCAGCUUUCCUUUGAGGAAUAUACAAUAAUGAAAGUUUUGCUGCUGCUAAGCACAGUACCUAAAGACGGACUUAAAUGCCAAGCUGCAUUUGAAGAAAUGAGAGUGAAUUACAUUAAAGAACUGAGGAAAAUAUUAAUGAAGAGUCCCCACAGUGCUGGACAGAGCUGGCAGCGAUAUUUCCACUUAACUAAACUCCUGGACUCCAUUCAUGAUGUGGUCGGGGACUUGUUGGAAUUCUGCUUCUAUACAUUUAGGGAAUCUCAGGCACUUAAAGUGGAGUUUCCUGCAAUGUUGGUGGAAAUAAUUAGUGAUCAACUACCAAAGGUGGAAUCGGGGAAUGCCAAGCCAUUGUACUUUCACAGAAAGUAACUGCAAGUCUUAUGGGAGAACUUUGCCUUAAGUUUCCUCUGAUGUUUCAUGCUCAAGCUGGAUCUGAGAAUCAAUUUUUCAUUCAAAAAUGGACGAUCCACUCUAAGCUAAAUAAUGAAAACAAAUCUCACUGUUUGGGGACAGGAGAAAUGCCAGGAAUAAAGCAAGAUGCAGCCAGCACCCCCAAACACUUGAAAAUUACUCCUAUUCCUAUGGAUGAAAAGCCAUAUCUUAGUCAAUAACUGAUUCAUUUUGAUAUUUUAACAUUGAAAUUUUAAAAUAUGCCAUGGAGUUUCUGGUUUGGUUUUGUUUUAAUCUGGUGUAUGGACAAAGAAAGACUUUUUAAAAGGUUAUCCUCGGUUUGCACACAAAGUGUAUGGUCGUUAUGGGGCAUUAAAUAGUCUUUCCUUGUAUGACAAAACAAAGUAAAAAGAAAACCCUGUUGUAUAAACUAUUAAGGAACAUAUGAUGUGAAAUACUCACUUCCUACUUGUGGCAUUUUUUUGUCCCAUGAUAUCAUUCAUACUGUAGAGGGAAAGACAUGGCCUCCUUUUUAUGUUUGCUGCAGAGAUAGAGUUGAACGUGAGCCCUGUGGGCAGUCCCUCCGCCACAGAGCGCAGUCCAGAAUUACUCUGCCAUAUAAGCAUGGAGCAGUCUUCACAUAAACCCCCUAUCGUGUAAUGUAGACAUUUAUUUAAUUAAAAGGAAGAUGGUAAGAUGUUAAAACAAAUGUCCCGGUCUCGGUUUUAUAUUAGCUAUAUUGUGCUGGCUUACAAAUAAUUUUACGCAGUCUAUGCUGUACUGUAUAUUGCUGUAUAUGUUUAAAUUGUGAAGGACCUGAAUCAAAAAUAAUUUACGGUCUCUUUGUAAAUGAGAUGAAAAAAAAUCUUUAAUGACUAAGGAUGAAUGGAAAGUAUAGGAAAGUAUUUUUGAAAGAAUUAUAUUUUGAUGGAGAAUAUUUAAGUACUAUCUUUGUCUAAGGUAAUUUUUUUUUUUUUGUAAAGUGAAAAAUGUUUUGCAUGGAUUCUGAACUGUUUACAGUGUAUUUAAGGAAGGGAAAGCUGUGCCUUUUUAGCAUCAUAUCUAAUUUACCAUUUUGCAAUAUCUGUUUGUAAAUAGAUUCACUAACUCCCUUUUUCAGUUAUAUUUAAGCUUUUCUACUUUUUCUGUAAAAAGAAAAAAAGGUUCUACUAUUUGUGUACUGCUUGCAAGUAAUACUGGAGCACACUUUCUUGGAAUCCUUCCUGUUUCCUUGUGAAUUACACUAUUUUAUCUUUCAAGGUGGACUUACUGUAAGUAUCUUGAAAAUUAGCUAAGUGAGGGGUAAAGGCUUCUUGAGAAAUUACUAAACACACAGUCCUUUUUUGUUUUUGUUUUUUUUAGUUCUUUGACUCCCUUUUUAUGUUAUAUUAUUUUCUUUAAUUUAAAAAAAAAAAAUUUUUUUAAAGGUGUGCAUAUUUCAUGAGGAAUAUUUCUCCAUACAUUGGUGGAGGUUCAGUUCUUAGGGUUAUGAAAAAGCGAGGUGUGAAAAGGCAUGCCAAAAAUUUACUUUUUUUUUAGAGUGCACUUUACUUGCUGUAUCACGUGGUCCUACUUCUCCCUAUAUUGUAUAUUCCACAGUAUAUAUGUAAUUGGGUUGAAUCGAUAGUACUUGUUGCCAUGCCUAGUCUGUGGUGCAGUACAUUUAGGCUGGUAUGUAAGAGUUUAUGAAAAUGAUAUGCAUUUUGUACAGGAGGAGAUCUAUUUGAAAAUAAACUUUAAUUUUUUGUAA